AUGUCUGUUUCUCAACAAUUGGCAGAGAUUGCAGGCAACGAAAAAACCGUGAUGUAUGCCGCAGACAACAAUUUGCAAGAAGUCUUUUGCUAUCCCGAAGUUUCUGAUAAACCGACGCUUAUUCAAUUAACAGAUGCUUGCCUUCAUGCACAAGAACUUGCCAAACAUUUGGAUUUCGGAAAAACAGUGUCAAUCACUAACCACUAUUCUCGUGGUAGCUGUGUCUUACAAACAACCAGAGAGAAAAAAGACGGUUCAGGAAACAUUGUGUCUACUACCAUUGCGGCUCAGGAUGUCUUGAGAAAUGCGUUAAAAUCCAGUCGAGCAUUAGACAAAGUAAUCUCUCAACUCUAA